GAAACAGUGAAGCUAGAAACAGUUUGAUUGAACUAAAAUCUACUUCAGAAAAGCUAAAUAUCCACAGCCUCAGUAACACGCGACUCAUUUCCAUCCAGAAGCAGAGUUCAGUUCAUCUGUUCUUUUGGAUUAUUUUAAAAGGCCAUCAUCACAAGACGUCUUGUCUUCUGCAGCAGAUGUGAUUCUCUGCAACAAAACCUCCUGUUGACUUAAUCACUGAGCUGAUUUCAUCACAGGAGACAGAAAACACUCCCAACAGAUCCAAGACAGAGUAUCUCAGUAAUCAGAGGUCAGCAGGUCACAGCUGGACAUCUUAACAUUGCCUCCAAACACCAGAUGUCUUCUGUCCAGAAGGAAGACUUGUUUCCUCUCCACCCCCAGCUGGAGACAGUCCCCAUGUGACCUCGUCUGUAGGAAUACCGAUGCUUUUGUGUUUGUGGACCAUGCUGAAUGUACAGCUGCUGGUAGAGAUCCAGUUUCCUGUUGCCAUUAAAGGGCCAGUCCGCAGAAAACACCUCCACUGGCUCUGGACCGGAUAUGUUGACUUUAUGCUCCUCUCAGAUAUCAUCUAAGUAGGUUUUUACUUCAAAGUUGUAAAACGUCAGUGAAGCUUGAGCAGCAGGAGGACAUCAGCCUCCCGUCACAGCUCACCUCCAGGUUUCCUCUGCUUCUUGCGCAACAUGAGAACCAAAACACAGUUGUGAUGUUGCAUAAUGUUCAGCUUUCUGGGCUGUUUCAGGUCCGCCCCCACGUCCUUUAUUUGCUGAUGUGCGGGAGGAUGGGAACAUCUCUGCGUAAAAGCGCGCGCUCCAUGCGCAUCGACAUCUUUCGCGCGGUUCGCUCCUCCGACGCGUUUUUGAAGCAGCUCAUCGGCGUGACCGCGGGACGGAGCAGAUUUCCUCCGGAACGCAACAUUAUCAUGGAGUUAAAUGAUGAAAAGACUCAGAACCAUCAGCUGGUGCCGCACAAAGGCUUCAAUCUGAUCGGCGGGACCCAUGAUCCGGAUGAUGUAGACCAGAUCUGCAACCUGGACAUCAGAGACUCGGAUGUGUUUGUGGUCACGUACCCAAAGUCAGGAACCAUCUGGAUGCAGCAGAUCCUGCUGUUGCUGGAAGCCAAAGGAGAUGUGAACGCCAUCAGUAAGCUCAGCAAUCUGUCUAAUGCUGAUCUCAUCCCCUGGAUUGAGCUGCGUGGCAACAGGCAGGCGUUCAUGUCAGCUUUGCCACCCAGGCAGAGGGUCACCCAUCUGCAGUACCAGUUUCUGCCCCGCGCUUUGAGCCACAAGAAGGGGAAGGUGAUCUACGUGGCAAGAAAUCCUAAAGACAUUCUUGUGUCCUUUUACUUCCAUAAAGUUGCAAACAUGCUGGAAACAGCCAAGAGCUUUGAUGACUUCUUUGAGAAAUUUCUUAGAGGAGAAGUUUUUGGAUCCAGCUGGUUUGACCACAUUAAGACUUGGUACUCACACAAGGAUGAAAUGAACAUGCUGUUCAUCACCUAUGAAGAAAUGAUUCAAGACCUGCAUUCAGCAGUAGAGAGGAUCUCCUUGUUUCUGGGCAAGGAGCUUACAGCUGAGCAAAUGGCCAGUGUAGUGAAGCACAGUACAUUCAGCAACAUGAGAAGGAUCCCACAGGCCAGCUAUGAGAAGGUGCCCGGGGAGCUGCUCAGCCACCCUGGGAGGUUCAUGAGGAAAGGAACCAUUGGUGACUGGAAAAACCACUUCACUGUGGCCCAGAACCAAAGGUUUGAUGAGGUCUUCCACAAAGAGAUGAAGGACUUUCCCAUUCCUUUCAUUUGGGACUUCAGGAUGUAGAGUAAAAGACUUCUUAAUGAAAACAGUGACUGUCUGAGCUUGGUGGAAAUGUUCUUCAGUCAGUUUGCCUGCUAAUCUAGUGUGUUUUUCCGUCUUUACUGUCUGCAGAGUUAUGCUAUAUUGAGUACGCCCACGUGUCUGCAUAUGGGUAGGCCUCAUCUGCGUAUGUUUGGACCGGGAUCUGCAUAUGGUAGGCCAGCGUCUGCGGGCGAUAGUAUCGGCGUCAGCAUACAGGUAGAGCCAGCUUCUGCGUACGAUAGGACCGGCAUCUGCAUACGGUAAGGGCCAGCAUCUGCGUGACGAUGAGAAUGGCAUCUGCAUACGGUAGGGCCAGCAUCUAUGUACAGUAGGAGCAGCAUCUACAUAUGGUAGGACUGGCGUCUGCAUACGGUAGGGCCAGUGUCUAUGUACAGUAGGAGCGGCAUCUGCAUACAAUAGGAGUGGCGUGUGUUUACGGUAGGACGGGCGUCUGCGUACGGUAGGAUCAGUAUCUUCGUACAGAAGGACCGGAGUCUGCUUACAGUAGGAUCGGCAUCUGCAUACAAUAGGACCAGCGUCUGUGUACAGUAGGACUGGCAUCUGCAUACGGUAGGACUGGCAUCUGUGUACACUAGGACCGGCAUCUCCGUACAAUAGGACCGGCGUCUGUGUACAGUAGGACCGGCGUCUGUGUACAGUAGGGCUGGCAUCUAUGUACGGUAGACAUUGUGCCUUUUCCGUGGUUACUGCACAAAUUCAGCGAGACCCUCCCGAUAUCUGGAAACUCGUUAUCACACACUGACCACAAGAGAGUACUUCCGUGUAACUGUGCUGCAAUCAGGGCUUCACAGUGGGUCUGGAAGAGGUGCACUUCAAGCCUCCAUGGACCAACGCAAAGCAUACAGUGUUGACGCCAUAACCAACCUUAUGCAAACACCGUGUGAGUUUUAAUUUAAUUUUAACCUGUAACUGGUUAACGGGUUACAGGAUCAUGUCUGCUGUUCUCGCAUAUAAAUCAAUGCACAACUGAUGCUACUAAAAGCAAGCUUUGUAUAAACGACAGUUUUUCAUCUUUCUAUGUUCAAUGUCUGAAAAGGCAAAGCUUUGGGAUGUUCUGGACUAUUCUUACUGCUAAAUAAAUAUGAAAGUGGUAAUGGCAGCAUGCUGUCUCAAUGUGGGAGUAAAUGGUUUAGUCAGAUAGAAAAAUGAUCACCUUUCUUCCUCUGCUUUUUAGAAAAACACAGAGGUUAAGGAAAUAUGUUGGGAGAAAUUCUCCAGGAAAAGACGACAGUGCUGCGAAGGAAUCUGACAUUACUGACCCAGCUAAGAUGUUCUGAAACCACUAAUGAUCAUUAAAGAACCGUUUUCCACCAAUGGGAGCAGGUUGGGGCAGGUUGGAUGCAUUUUUCUUUUGUGUUUCCACAUGCGUAACUGGGAAAGGUAUCCUAAUGUCCAACCCAACCGUCCUACUUUGUUGGGCUCCUUCUGUUGGUGUACAAUCUAACCAACCGGAAAAGGGUUUUGUUUGACACACUGAAAUCUGUUGAUUGGUUGAGAAAAAAAAGUCAUUUCCUGUAUGCCCCUGGCAUAAAGACAAAACAGGAACGGCUUCCUUGUUAAAGAAACAGAUUUUUUUGUUUGAUUAGAUUAAAAUUUUGUGGUUUAAAAUGGCACCACAAAGCACCGCCAAGAAAAAAGAACACAAACCGCUUGAUGACGCCAUUCUUUGUUUCUGAGGCAUGUUCUGGUUCUACUUUAAGGAAGGUGCUGUGGUGCGAUGGCGUCAUGCAGUUACGUAGCUGAGGCACCCAUUUCUAUCUGGCUGAUACUCAACCUCUCAGGUAAGGUUACGACUGUCUGUGGAAACGAGAUUACACUUAACAAACCAUAUCUGCACCCUAACCAUCCCAUCCCAUCCUGUCCUGCACCCGUUGGGGGAACAAGGCUCUCAGUCUUUAUCAGUUUGAUCACCCUGUUUCUGCUGAGACCACCAAUCAUAUCAGUUUCUGACUUUAUUAUAAAUGCUGGUGUUUAAAGGAAAGAAAAAUUAACUACGUUUGUACACCUCACUGUCCUCUGAUUUAUCAACAACCAGAUAAACAUAAUCUAGCAUUGUUGUAUGUUUUAUGUUGAUGAUUGUAGGACCCACCCCCUUCAUCUCAUCAUACUCCAUCCAGGGCACCUUCCUCUCCAUCCUCCCUACCUCUCCUGGACUUCACUGCCCAGAAACAGGAUUUGCCCAUCUGACCCCAUUUCCAAGUCCCAUCUUUUCACCCCCAAACCUCCCACCUCAAACCAGACCUUGAAAUGACUCUAGAACUUCUGUCCAACCAACCUGGAAUGAGUUCGCUUCUUUCUUUUACUGACUAAUUCAGAAAACCAGGCAGUCAGUCCAGUGCUUCCAUGCCAGGGACAGGACAUAUGUCACUGUGUCCACUCAGAGACAUGAACACAAUGACACACUUUUCUCCAGUCAGUCCUAAAAACUCGGAUAAAAUCAUUGGCCAUUUGAAAACCACCACUUGCUGUCUUGACGGGCUGUAUGGAAGCGAUUCUGUACCUUAUUUCAAUUUAAAAUGGAAUAACAGAAAAGCUUUUUCAUUUUGAGAAUAUAGCUGCAUUUU